AUGCCACGUCGCGUAUGGUCAACCGAAGAAGACGAAAAGCUCAUAGCCCUUGUUGAGCAGUUGGGAGAUAAGCGUGGCAGAGACAGUAAAUGGACUGAGAUCUCCAAGAACCUCCCAGGGCGGACAAACAAGGAUUGUCGAAAGCGUUGGUUCCAUUCCCUAGACCCAAAACUGCGCAAAGGUCGCUGGACCAAAGAGGAAGACGAGAUUCUCCUCGCCGCUCAUCGGCGACUGGGACCUGCUUGGAAGGAAAUCGCACUUCUCAUCAAGGGCCGAAAGGAUGAUCAAUGUGCGAAGCGAUAUACCGAUAUUCUAGACCCCUCUGUGAAAAACCGCCUCAGAAGUUGGUCGCCAGAGGAAGACCACUAUUUGACGACAAAGGUAAAGGAACUGGGGCAUAGAUGGGCUACGAUAUCAUCGGGACUACCGGGUCGUCCUCCUUUGACUUGUCGAAAUCGGUGGAGAAGACUAUGCAAAGAAAUCACAACCAUGCCAACUCAACCCAGCCAAGGCCAGGACGAUUCCACGGAAUUAUCACCAUCCUCCGGCUCUGGCUCAUUUUAUCCAGGCUCUAGCAGUGGAAACGCUAGUUCCAUGGACAACGGCUCGCAGGAAGAUGGCGAAAGCCCCGAUGUUCAUCUGGAUGCGAUGGAUAUGGCCACCGGAUUGUCGGAAAACAUAUUAUUAUCCUCACCAUUCGACCUGAACGAUGCAGCUAUUCUUUCCAUGCGUUACCCAGAUGAAGGCUAUAUGUCACUUCAAUAUGACUCGGAAAUGUUCUCGUAUCCUCUCGUGCAGAACCAAACCCCUGAGAGCAACCACACAAGAACACACACCGGGCAUCUAUCAUCGAACGAGAACGCCGAGAUGAAUACAAUACCAAGAGAUUCCCCCUCGAUCUUGAGCCCUGAGGGUCGGGCUGGAGACCGCGACCGGCUUAUGUCAAACAACUCCGAUAUCAGGGGUCAAGAAACAUCGCCUACCAAUGGCCUUCACACCUUCAAUGCGGACAAUAUUCGGCUCGCCUUAGACUCAUUUACACAAAGCGCGGAGCCCGAUCAGAAUGCCAUAGAGGAAGCAGCCGUUCAACAAGUGCUCACGUCUGCUCAGUGGACCUCUUCAAACUCAAGGGAUGCCUUAUCACGGUCAUAUCCUACCCAAGCGCAAGAGGUUCAUCACCACCACCAUUUCCAUCAUCAUUUCCAUCAUCACCAUUACCACCACCAAACUCAUGGAACAUAG